CGCACGAAGCGUCCGGCUGCCCUUUCGGGUGGGGUCCGCAACCAGCAGCGCCCGUCCACCGCCUCUGCCUGCCUCCAGCCGCCAACUGCCUCCCAUGGCGCCGCCACCAGGUCUAUCGUUCCGUACAACCGAGGAGAACCUCCGGGGAGCGUUCGAGAAAUUCGGUCAGCUUACAGAAGUUCAUCUCGUGAUGGAUAAAGUAGCAAAGAGGCCGAGAGGUUUCGCGUUCGUGUCCUACGCUGUCGAGGAGGAAGCCAAGAGUGCCAUCGAAGGAAUGCACGGGAAGUUCCUGGAUGGUAGAGUGAUCUUUGUCGAGGUUGCAAAACGAAGGCCUGGACUCUGAGGGAUCGCGCCGAGGUGCCAAGUCCUUGACGCUUGGAAGACAAACCUGGCAAGCCUUUCCAAAUUACAUGAACCUGUGUGCGCCAAUUUAAAUCCAUUGCAGAAGCAUGGCCUCCACCAAAGCUCCAUAGUAUUAUGAUUUUUUAAGGCAUUGAUACUCCAUAGUAGUAUGAUUUGCACGUCACUGGACGAUGUCCAGAAACUUUGAUUGUUGAUUUCAGAAAAUCCCUGAUGAUA